AUAUUAAUCUGUUAGCUAUUACGAAAGUUCAGAAUAAAUUUCUUACCCCUGUUUCGAACGUCUGUGACAUCCAGGUUUUAAAAUCUGGUCAGAACGGACAAUUCUACUAAAUCCGACGGUCACAUUGGCAAUAGCAACGGGAGGGUGGUAAUGGUUGUUUUUCGAGGAGUCAUAAUGACAGGUGUUAGGAUAAAUUUUUCCAUCUUAUGUUUAUUGCUUCAUGUAUGCACUGGUGAGAGUUAUUUUGUAACACUUUCCGAUAACGGGCCAGUGGUAUUAGGUGCAAAUAUCACAUUUAAAGCAGAAUUGUUUACUUCUUAUGGAACAUCGCCAUCAGGAACAUUUCGUUUUCGAUGGAGGGACAAUGCCAUACCUGCACAUUUUAGUGAGAGUGAGGGACCAGAAAUAGUUGCAUUUUGGAAUGUGUCAUAUCCUGCACAUUCAUAUGGACCAGGACCUUAUGAAGUUGAAGUUAUAGUAGACAAAUCUACCAUUUUCUUUUUUCCAAUUAGUAGCCAGAGAAUCAAUUUUAAUAUUACAGCUCUACUCAAUGGACAGAUGUCACUGAUACAGUCACAACAUCUGAGGGAGACUGAAUAUGUAUCUAGCGGAGAAGAAGUAUCUCACCGUGUUGAUCUGACAGAGGCAGAUGGUGCAUUCCUUAAACACAGUGCUACAAGUAUUUUGACAUACUGGUUUGUGGACUGCAUUUACUAUGGCCAGACACCAGGAUAUGUAUUCAACUUCAACUAUACUCAGCCUGGAAAAAUGCAUCAUGUUGAAGCGCUUGUAGUAGCCUCAUAUGAACCUCCAAUCACAACUACAACCCCUACCACAACAACUACAAGUACUACCACUACUCCCAUUUCCCCUAAUACUACUGCUGUUCCACCAUCAAUGAAAACAACAACGACAGUUUUUCCUACUACCAGAACAGCAUCAAGUACUGUUACUACUGCAGCUCCUGGGAAAAAUAACACAUUUGAAAUAAAUUCCAAUGAAAUCAGCAGUGCUAUGCACAUGUUCCCUGUUCAGAACUCAAGUGUUAUGCCAGUUCCAGCUCCUGCUGUUAAUCAGCCUAAUAGAACACUGGCAAAUUACACGUUUUUUGUUCCCUAUGUGUGCCUCAAUUCAUCCAUUGUACCUCCUGAUCCAAAUAAAACAUAUGGCUACUUCCACAGGCGUCUAGUUGUCAAGGCUCCAGUAGCAAAUGUUUCUGUGUCGGGUUCAAGUUGGCUACAGCAUGGAGAUAUGCUAAACCUUCAGGUGCAGUGCAAUGGUUCUGCAAUGAUUGAGUACUGCAUCAGAAUUUUACCUGGCUCAUAUAAUGUCACAGGUAAUGAGACUUGCCCAUCUUAUGCAUCGAGGUCACAUUGCCAGUUCCUAGUAAUGCAUUAUUUUCGUGAACCAUCACUGUAUACUGUCUUAAUCAUUAUCAGAAAUGAUGUGUCCAAGAUUGUCACAAAAGUUGGAAUCAAUGUCUAUGAAGUAACAAAGCGUGCUCAGCUGUCCGUAAUAGUGGUUCCAGUGUCCUGCAGUCUUAUAGCAGUGAUCCUCAUUGUGUUUGGUGUGGCAUACUAUGUUCAGAGCAAAAACAGGUACACCAUAGAGGUAGCAGAUUUUGAUUUUGGACAAGCAAAUGAUAUGGAAUACAAAACAUUUAGAGAGAGGCUUCGAGAAUCCAUGUCCAAUGCCGUGAACCGUUCUGAUUUACCAGAACCUGGUGGUUCAUGGUCACCAAGUCGCAAGUAUGGUCCAAUGAACUGAGAAGGCAAGUAUAUUCUCAGUGCUAGUGUUACUUGUUAUGAAGUGAAAUGAAAUGAUUGAAUGUGAUAUCAUUGAUAUUAAAAGACCAUGUUUGUUUUGUAUAUAUUCAAUUUGGAGUGCUGUGAAAUAUUAACUGUUGUACAGCUUUAAAUAGUUGUGUUUUUUUUAGUUUUAGUUAUUAUCUCAGUAUUUUUUCAAUGAAGUACAUUAUGAUGUACUCCUCUCGAAUACUAUCGGAAAAAUAAAAUGAACUUCGUCUUGUGAUGAUAAUGUGUUGUGGUUUUAUUGUAUUUCAUGGGUUCUGUGGUAAUGUUUUAUACAAGCUCAAUGUUGUCAGCUCUGAAGAUAGUUUAUUUAGCUUUAUGUGAUGUACUGUAUAAGAACUGGAUUAAAACCAGUAUGAAUUAAUUCUGCACUUAAUGAACAUAGAAAAUUAGACACUUCCUUUAUGUUUGUGUUGUGAAACUUUAGAAGCAUGUUAGCACAUAAAUUCAUGAACUUCUGAUGCACUGUAAUAAAGAAAAGUAGUUUUAUUGUAUACUAUACACUGAACUGAGUGAUCUUGAUUGCUGGUGUAAUACAGCAUGGCGAUUAGCAUAAAUGUGUUUUGUGAAAUGAAUUAUGUGCUUUUGAUUAGAAGAAAAUUUACAAUUGGUACUGGAUUAGUUGAACUUCUACCUCUGCAUCUGUCAGAACUGUUACAUCAUUCUGAGUGACAGUAUAUCCCUAAAAACUCACCUUGUUAUCUUUCAGACCUAGUAAACUUAGUGUUAAAAUAUGAAUUGUAAAAUUGAGAAAUAGAGAAAUGCCUAUUAGAGCAAAAGACUAUAGAAUAGUUGAGAAAAGGUAUUUUGUUCAUAUGGACCCUAGUUCAAACAGUUCACCAUUUUUGAAUUACAGAAUCUACUUAUAAUAUUGUUGCAUAUACACCUAUUGCUAGGCAAAGACCUUGAAGCAAACAAUGAGUACAGCCAUUGCUGUGCAAUAGGCAAAUAAACAAAGGGCCAUUUCUGAGCAUGGCUCAGUAAACACAUUCCUGCGGAAACAAUAUCCAGGCUAUCGCUAGGCAUCUACCCAUAACAACAAUUGAGGGACUGUUGGAGGUGGUGUUUUCUGUUAGGUCUGCUCAAGGCUAUAUAGUGAGGACCCCAGGCUGACUGGGAGAGUUGAGUUGAGAUAUAUUCACUGGAUAGUAAGAACUGAAGAAUCUCCACUGUUAGAAGCUGUUGGUAGGGAAUGGUUGUGGGAGAGACAGCAGGCUGGAUAAAGACUUGGCAUGUAGCAAUUUGUGAAGUGUGGAGAUCAGCGAUAGCGCUGUAAUUGUCAUUCUACUGUUACCCCAAACACGUAACAAUGUAUAAUAAAAAUAAGUUGCAUACCCACGUUUGUGACUGUACUAAUACUGUUCCUGACUUGUGUCAAAUAAUAUAUAGUGUUUUUAUUGUAUGUACCUCAUUCUACAUUAAGCAUAUUUAUGAUACUUAAGUUGAAGAAUGCUAUCGCUGUAAUCAUACUUCAGUGUUUCCAUCAAGAUAGGUCAUCACAUGAUGUGGUCUUUUCCAUUUUCUCUGUCCUCUCACAUGUAGUCCUCUUGUAUGUGUUCUCUUAUUUAUAUUAUGCCUUACUUUGCUUCUCUGCCUUGUUCUUAAUCCCUGCAGUGAUUCUUCUGUAAAGAUAUUCAUUUAUGUGCUGUACAUUAAUUUGUAAUUCUCUUCAGUGUUUAACCAUUGUCAUUUAGUCAUAUUUUAUGCAUAUAGAAGUUGUUUUAUGAAUAAAAUUUUUUGAGCUUAAACAUGUAAUAUAAAUAUACAGAAUCAAGUACUGCAUGACACAUAAUUUUGUAGCGUUAUUUGCUGCUAUGUAAUAUAUGAGAAAAUAUGCAUUGCGAUGUGUACAUAUUCAUUUCAUGACAACAUUUUUAACUUUAUGCUUAGAACAAUGUAACAGAAAACCUGGCACUUAAAUGCAUAUGAUAUGGCAAUACAUAUAUCCCUAGAUCUGCAAACGUAAUUCAUUCAAUGAAGACUGUAAGGUGUAAAUCAGAUUUUUGUAAAAUGAGGGAUACCUGUAUUUGAGGAAAGAAAAAAUUUAAUGGGCACAAGGUUUAGUAGAAAUUUCAUCUUCAAAAAGUUAUCUUCCUUGAAUAAUGCUUGUUCUGGGAAACAUACUUCAAAUUUUACCCGUAAUAUAUAUUGAUUUAAAUUUUACAGGGGACACUGUGUAGUUAAUUUUUGAUUACAUUUUUCACUUCACUGGAAACACCAAGGAAUAAAAAUGUUAAUAUGAAAAUCAUAAAUUUAAUAGAAUGAUGCUUAAAUCCAAAAGUGUUAGUAUUACGUUGAACUGAUAUGUGCCUCACCACUGUAUCCUGUCAGUAUCAGACCCAUUAAGUGCCCUAUACACUUAAAUAUGGUAUGCUAC